UUAACCACUUGAAUCAUUCACAGAAACAGAAUUCGAAAAAGAAAGCUAGUUAAUUUUUUUUUUUGGGGAAAUAUGGCCGAGGCGGUAGUUUCAAUGGUAAUUGAAGGGCUCAAAGGCGCUCUUAUUGAGGAAGUGAAGUUCUUGAGUGGGGUUGGCGAUCAAAUUGAGUAUGCACAAAUCGAGCUACUUUUGAUGCAUGGCUUCCUGAAAGAUGCUGAUGCAAAACAAGGAGACAAUGAAGUAGUACGCAUUUGGGUUCAAAUUAUAAGAGAUGCUGCUUAUGAUUUGGAGGAUGUCAUUGAAUCUUUUGCCUUGAAAGUGGCUCUCAAAAGGGGAGGAAGUGGGAAGCUUGUUCUGAAAAGGUUGGCGUGCAUCUUUAACAAAGGCAUUAAUCUUCACAAGAUCGGUUCAGAAAUUGAGAGCAUUACGGUCAAGCUUUCCAAAUUGAGGGCGAGUUUGCAAGGUUAUAACAUCAAGCAAAUAACGGGUACACAAUAUGGAGGUGCCACUUCUUUUGAGAGGCAAAAGGAACAAAGGCAAACGUAUCCACAUGUUAUUGAACGUGAUGUUGUUGGGUUAGAGAGCGGUAUAGAGAUACUAGUCAAGCAGUUGGUGAAAGAAGAAACCCAAGUUGUAUCUAUUUGGGGGAUGGGCGGUUCAGGAAAGACCACUCUUGCAAAACAAGUUUAUGAUCACAAUGUUGUUAAGUGUCAUUUCGAUUGUUUUGCUUGGGUGUGUGUGUCACAACAAUGUCAUGGAAAAGAGGUUUUGGAAGAUAUUUUGAUCAAGCUUACUCGCGCCACCAAUGAUCAAAUAAAAGAAAUUUCGAAAAUGAAGAAGGACCAAAUAGUAGAGAGGCUUUGCAUCAUCCAAAAAAAGAAGAAAUGUUUGGUGGUUCUUGAUGACAUUUGGACUCGUGAUGCGUGGAACUCUCUAAAACCUGGAUUUCCAAUAGGUGAGGAAACGAAGAGUCGUAUAUUACUCACCACUCGCAACAACGACGUUGCUACACAUGCUGGAGAAAAUCGUUAUGUUUAUAAAUCGCGUGCGCUAAAUACUAAGGAAAGCUGGGAACUGUUUAAGAAGAUAGCAAUCUUUGGGAGAGAUCAAGCAGACUCUGAAUCUUAUGCUGAGAAGGAGAAACUAGGAAAGAAGAUGCUUCAACAUUGUGCUGGUCUGCCACUAGCCAUUACUGUGAUUGCGGAACUUCUAGCAAGAAAAGUCACAGUUGACGAGUGGAAUACAGUAGACAAGAACGUUGAUGUGCAUAUACAGAGAGGAACUGAUCUUGACCAAGAAUACAAAGGCGAUCAAGGAUAUACAGGUGCAUUAAGGGUGUUGGCAUUGAGUUAUGACGACUUACCAUAUCGUUUAAAACUAUGCUUUUUAUAUUUAUGCCAAUUUCAAGAUGAUUAUGAGAUACCGGUCAAAAGACUGAUUCAGUUAUGGAUAGCAGAAGGUUUUAUAUCUCCGGCGUCCCAACGACAUGGUUCAUCCGAAGUAUUGGAAAAUGUAGCAUAUUCUUGUUUAAGUGAGUUGGUGCAAAGAUGUAUGGUUCAAGUUGGAACACUUGGUUCAACUAAGAAGAUCAAAACAUGCCGUGUUCAUGAUCUUAUGCGAGACUUGUGCUUGUUAAAGGCAGAAGAGGAGAACUUUCUUCACGUUGUAAAUUUUACUGACACGAUAACCAAGGUAGCAACAAUUACUAAAGUUCGAAGACUUGCUGUAUAUGUGGAAACAGAAUUUGUUGAUAGAUUUGCUCCCACAAGAAAUGACCAUCUUAGGUCUUUGUUAUUCUAUGUCGACCCAAAAUAUGAUUACUCCAAUUGGAAGAAAAAAUUAUUGGGGUCAGUACUAUUCAACUCCAAAUUGCUCAGGGUACUAAAGUUUGAAGGCAUAAGGGGAGAUGUUGAGUUGCCGAGUAACAUUGGGAAUCUUGUCCACUUAAGGUUUUUAAGUCUAAAGGGAAGUCAUGUAAAACAGUUGCCAUCAUCUUUAGGUAAUUUAGUAUGUUUGCAAACUCUAGACUUACGAGGUGUUACCCGGGUGAAAGUACCAAAUGUGAUUUGGAAGAUGAAAGAAUUGAGACAUUUAUAUUUAUGCCAUUUUUACGAAGGGGGUGGGAAAUUGUCCUUGGCUACUCUUCACAAUUUGCAGACUUUAGUCAAUAUUUCAGGUGCUGAUUGUGAUUUGAAUCAUCUUGCUGAAUUGACCAAUCUCAGAAAACUGUUCAUACAUGGGGUGAAAAAUAUGGAGGAAAUCUUGAAAUCUACUAGCAUCACAUUUAACCAUCUUCGAUCUCUAUUUGUGCACUCUGGUCUCGAACUUCUACCAAUGAAUAUGGCAUUGAGUUGUCCUCAUAUAUACAAACUUAAAUUGGACGGGGCAAUCAGAGAUCAAUCAUUGGAAGGCCUUCAGUACUAUCGGAACCUCACUAAGAUGUCUCUGUCUCGUACUCUUCUACGGUUGGACAGUCUCAAAAUACUUGAGAAGAUCCCAAACUUAAGAAUGCUUUGGUUUGGUUUUGGUACUUUCGAGAAUCUUCCAGAACUGGUUUUCUCAGAAGAAGGUUAUCCUAAUCUUGAAUUUCUUUCACUUUCUGGGAUGGCUGAAUUUAAGACUUGUAGCAUAGAGAAAGGAGGCAUGCGUAGUCUCUGCAGUUUGUCUAUUGACUAUUGCUGGGAAUUGACGGCAGUCCCUGAGGGGCUUCAGUAUGUUACUACCCUCAAGGAAUUAACAAUCCAAAAGAUGCCUGGGACAUUCUGUAGUAGGCUUCGGGAAGGAGGAGAGGAUUCCUACAAAAUUCAACAUGUGCCUUCUGUUGUCAUUACAAAUAUUGAGGAGGAUAGAGAAGUGGAUAACUGGUAAGUAUGCUACUUAUAUUUUCUGUAUUUUUUUCUUUGCUAUUUUCUCGGUUUCUCAUGGAAAAAAUCAUAAUGUGUUUUUUUUUUUUUCCUACUUCUGGUUGUUCCUUAA